AACUAAAACGAAAAGAAGGUUGGGUUAGUUUAAAAGAGCAAGCCGAGGCUAGCGGAGCCAAUUUAAGUCCCGAAGAGUUAAAUAUCAUUCGCAAGCAAGUAGAUAAAAAUCACCAGAAAGAAAUUGAUAAAGAAAGGCAAAGAUUAGGAUUAAAAAUUGACCGGAUCGAAGACGAAUUGCUAAAAGAAAAAUUUCCCGAAGAAAAUAAUUCCGAGGAGGAAGAAGAAAAUAAGGAAGAAUAA